AUGGCAGACAAGAAGGAAAACCUCGCCGAGGUACUGGAGCCGCAAAGCGGACAUGAUGUCCAACACAUAGAGGAGAACCUGAAGGUAUCGAUGGCAGACAAAAUCAACCAAGGAGAGGACAGUGAAUUAUAUCUUGAAGCAAUUCAGAGAUAUCCUAAUGAUGAGGCUAUCGACAAAGAGGCAGAAAAGAAGUUGAAACGAAAGCUCGACAUGCACCUCAUUCCACUUCUUGGUAUAUGCUACUUCUUCUACUAUGUCGACAAGACGACACUUUCGUAUGCAGCAAUAUUUGGCAUCAAAGAUGACCUCAAUCUGUCCGGCUCAGAAUACUCGUGGCUGUCGAGUAUCUUCUACUUUGGAUGGUUAGUUUGGGCAAUCCCGUCUAACCUCCUCAUGCAACGCAGCCGGAUGGCUUGGUAUCUCGCCUUCAACAUCUUCAUGUGGGGCGUGAUUCUCAUGUGUGAGGCUGCAUCACAUAACUUCGCUACACUUGCGGCACUCCGGAUCAUUUCCGGUGCGUUUGAGGCGAUUGCUGACCCUGCAUUCAUGCUUGUCGUCUCUACAUACUAUACUCGUGCCGAGCAACCUUGGCGUAUUUCGGCAUACUAUUUAUGGAAUGGUAUCGGUAUCGCCGGCGGCGGUCUUAUUGGUUACGGAAUCGGUAAUAUCAAAGGAGGCCUUCAAUCCUGGCGCUACGAGUUCCUCAUUAUCGGCGCUGUUUGUGCAGCCUGGGGAAUUGCACUGGCUCUCCUAUUGCCCAACUCGCCAGCAACAUUCUGGGGCUUCAACCGUGACGAGAAGCUCAUGAUGAUUGCGCGACUGCGAUCCAAUCAAACAGGUAUUGAGGGACGGAAAAUUAACUGGGGCCAGGUCAAAGAGGCGUACCUCGAUUAUAAGACUUGGCUAUUCACCAUCUUGGGUUUCCUUGCCAACGUUCCAAACGGUGGAAUCUCCAAUUUCUCCACUUUGGUCAUUCAAGGUCUCGGAUUCGAUACACUCAAUACGGCACUUCUUGGUAUACCCCAGGGAGUAAUCGUCGUCAUUUGGAUUGUGCUUGGAGGAUACGCCAACCAAUAUAUGCCGAAGAAUAGCCGUACCCUGGUCUGCGCACUGUUCAUGGUCCCGACUAUUGCGGGAGCCCUUGGUUUCUUGCUUGCCCCCCGACAAUGCAUACGUCGGCCGAUUGAUCUGCUUUCCAAGAAAAUGAUUGUAUCUGGUAUGAUAUGGUUUGGAGCGUGCGUUGGCAACAUUGCCAGUCCCUUCUUUUACAAAUCUGAGCAAGCGCCGGCAUAUCCCCUGGGCAUUGGCUCUCUGUUGGUUGCCAACUGCCUUGAGCUCAUGCUUUUCUUUGUGCUCCGUUACGCCUUUAUCUGGGAGAACCGACGAAAGGAGAAGAUGCGCGACGAAUUACGGGAGAGAGGAGGCGACUCUGAGCUAAUGGCCGAUUCCACGGCCUUCGCUGAUUUGACUGAUAUACAAAACCCGAAUUUUGAGUACGUAUAUUGA